GUUUCUCGCCUGUGCCGGCGAGCGCCAGUCUCCUGUAAACGUGCUGACGACCGGACCAUGUGUCCACAGUGGCGGGCAGGAUGGACAGCUGGACGGAAGGGUGAUGUACACCGUGGCUGGUGGUACCCCUCAGGUCACCGUGAGUCCCUACAUGCGGUCCGUGAUGUUGGAGGCCGACUUUGGCUCCAUCAGGCUGCAGGACGACACCGGGCGGGACGUUGAGUAUACGGCACACCAGAUCCACCUCUCCGCGGACAGCUGGCAUACAUUGAAUGGUGCGCCGGCAGCGGCGGAGCUCAUGAUCCUGCACAAGCCCAAGGAGGCCAGCGACAUGAUCAAGGGCGGUGUGAUCGUGAGCGUGAUGUUUGAGCAUGACGACGCCGCGGACAGCCCGCUCUUCGAGCACCUGGGUAUGCCCAAGGAGGGCCCGGAAAUGGAAGCGCUGGGCUCAUGGCAGCUGCCUCACUACGUGAACCUCUUGGACAACCUCCAGGACGUACUGAAAGGUGCAACCUACCAGUACGAAGGUUCUGUGCCUGUGCCGCCCUGCACCGAGAACAUCAAGUACCUAGUCAUGGGCCAGCUCAUCAAGUUUCUAGCUGCGCUCGUCGUGGGAGUUUUGUCCGACACCAUGGCCGGCAGCAUCGGCGAGCUCGUGAUCGCGAGCCCGCAGAGCUUUUGCAACGUGAUCAAGCUGGGCACCUUCUGCCGAACAGUGGUUUGGCCAUGUCUGCCGCCCGUUCUCAUGUACCAGUACAUCCGUGGUAAGGACGACGACAUGUACGCGAUCGAUGUCCUCUACGCCAAGUCUGGCUCCAAGGAACCUAAAGCCUUCUACGACGCGUCCCGCUUGAAGGGAUCCAGCCACUGGCGCAUGCAGCAGGACCUGGAGACCAUCCGGGCGGCUGCCAAUGCUGAGUGA